AGUCGUAUAUGAACGUGUGGCUGGCUCUACUUCAGGCGUCCGUUGCCCAACGGCGAAUCAGAAUGGAGGUCGUCUACUUGCUUUGUUCCGCCAUCUCCACCUUCCUCACCUCCUCACUCCUUUCCCUCGCCCUUGCCAUCCGUUCCAUUCCUCUCUGCUUCUCCUACCUCCGCUUCCACGGCGACCGCAACGCUGCUGUGCUUCUCUACGAGGGCCGCGUGCGCCACGCUAGGCGGCGGCCGGUCAAGCAUGCCUUUGAGUACUCCGUCCGGUACGCGCUCAUCGACCUUGACGGCGCCCCUCAGCCUUCUCACCUCUCCGCGGAACGAGCCCGCGAGAUUGCUCGGACCAACGGGCCCGUGUUUCUGCUGACGAUGCCGGAGAGUGUGGGGUACGAGCAGAAUCCGCUGAGCGUCUACUACUGCUAUGAUGUGGAGGAAGGGAAAGGAGGAGAGGGAGAUGGACCAACGCCUUCCCUUAAGAUGUGCAUUGCCGAGGUAACAAACACGCCAUGGGGGGAGCGGGUAUCUUUUACCUUCAGUCCAGGAUCUGAUGUUGCUGCAAAACCACUGCAUGUCAGCCCGUUCAUGGAUAUGCAGGGAAAUUGGCAUAUGUUUGCUGAUGCACCAGGAGAGGAUCUGUCACUUGUAAUCUCAGUUCAACACCCCACCCUUGGAAACUAUUUCACUGCAAGUUUACGUGCCAAAAGAGUCCAGUCUUCAUCUAGUUCAGUUUUUCUAGAAAAGUUUUUCUGGUUGAUGCCCCAUAAGGUUGCAGUGUGGAUAUAUUGGCAGGACAUGAUGCUCUUGGACCAAACAAGUUGGGUACCAUCCAACUUGUCUUACGAGACUAAUGGAGGCUUUGAAAUAGCCUUGUUAGUGUCCCAAGCACCCAUGGAGGGCCUAUAACACAGCAUCAACAAAGAAAGAAAGCAUCAUCAUCAUUCCCCGAAAACAAAAGAGAGAAAAGGAACAGAAAAAACAACUCAGUUACAAGUAUCACUUGUUUCAUCAUAAAUUUUUUCUCCAUUGAUCUUAAGAUAAAGCAACAUUAACUAUUCUCUGUCUUCCAGGGCUUUCUUUUUUGUAGGCAUAGGAACUUUUUUUCUUCUUCGAAACUGAGACUUUUCACUUGAUCAGAGUAAAUGUCAAAACGUCACUCAUUUCUCCCGCCAUUUUUAGAGUUGGUAACAGUGCUGUAUAGAUAUCAACAAUUUUUUUUUUUUCAUUCGUUGAGCAAUAUAUCAACACAACAUAUUGUUUCAGUUUUGUUCUCUGAUAAGUGAUUCAUAAGAUGAAGAAUUUUAGUUUGAUCGUGAUGGAUUGGGUUCUCUGCCACAACAAUUGUUGAUUGGUUGCUGCAAAAUCAUAUCUUAAGUUAGCUUGAAUUUGCAUCGUUCAAAUUCUUCUUGAUAAGGCACUGCAAUGACAGUCUUACACUCAGCUUCUUAUGAUGAAACUAUCAGAAAUUUUGCUUCAUAGCAAACCAACUGAUGCUGUUUAAAUUAGAAAAGAUUAAAUCCGGAAGAUAAAGUUUAGUAAGUUCUAAAUUUUAUUGGUUUUAGGAGUUAUAAGGAUUUAUUUGGUCACAUCACAACAGAUAAUUUUAAGUAUCUUUGUGAAAUUAGAACUGAUUAAAUUAUUAUAGGAACAAGUUAAUUGUUUACAUGUUUUAAGGAGAAUGAGUCAUGAUUAAGGAGUUUAAAAGAAACCUCAAUCUCUCUUGUUGGUCAAUCUUAAUGAAAAUUUGAAUUCUUCUACAAUGGUUGCUUGUGAGAUGUAGAUUAAGAUUUAAGACAGAGAACUCCAUCGGAUUUACCAGCGGUAGCCUUUACAUAUCUUAAAUUUUCUUUGCACCACAGCGCACAUUACUUCAACUUUGCACAAAUCGAUAAAAUUAUGUAUUAAGUUCAUUUUCUUUCCCUAUGUAUCAAGAUGGAUAUAGUAACACAGCAUGCCUUUAUUACAUCAAGAGACAUGAACUUUCAUUCCCCUUCUGUG